GUUGUAGGAAGCAUGGAUGCCCAUCCCAACCGUUACUGUGCCACCGUGCGGGUGCAGCAGCACCGCCAGGAAAUCAUCCAGGAUUUGGCUGCCAUGGUCAGGGAGUUGCUUAUCCAGUUCUACAAAUCAACGAGAUUCAAACCAACUCGCAUCAUCUUCUACAGGGAUGGUGUUUCUGAGGGGCAGUUCCAACAGGUUCUCCACCAUGAGCUGCUGGCUAUCAGGGAGGCUUGCAUUAAACUGGAGAAGGAUUAUCAGCCUGGCAUCACAUUUAUAGUGGUGCAGAAAAGGCACCACACCAGACUCUUCUGCACGGAUAAAAACGAACGG